CGUUGCCUCAAAUUCUUUCGUUCGAAUGUUUCCAAAAGUAUGUCGGUUAUCCUACGAAAAUACUUUCGUUUCUUCCUCGAAAGACAGAUUGUUACGAAAUCGUUGCGCGAAUUUCCGGCUAAGAAAACAGCGUUUCACUUCUGCACGCGAAUCUGACGUCGACACGAUGAAAUGAAAUAAUUCUCUUUUUUAAUCCACAAAAUCACGAUUUUUUUCGAAGAGGCGCAUCAAGACGGUUGACGUCAAGGUCACAGUCAAUCCCCCUGUAUAAAAAGUCCAUUUCCAGCACCCCUCGCAUCCGAAAGUCAAUGGGCUAUGAAAGGGGCCGACGAUCGUGUCGAGCUAAAUUUAAAAGCCAGCCAUUACAUUAUAGCUUCGAUGACGCGCCUCUCUGUACAGCCUGAGCUUAUUCGGGCUACACACGCUUGCCUCCUAAAAAAAGGAAAUCAAAGCGUGCGCGCGAUUACAGCCAUCGCGCGAUAUUAUAGCCUGUGCUCCUCGUGAAUGACGUAUUUCAAAGUUGCGAGCCCAUCGUGGCUGUCGUAAUUCGCGUUGAGUGACGAGGAGCUAUAUGUAUAGCACAUGCAGGACGCGAUAGACAGAUAGACAGACAGACGGAAGGCUAUUGCGAGAGAGGGUGAGUGCGAGAGGGGUAUAAUAUCGAUCAAACUGGCACCUUAGCAGCACCAGAGCGGCGAGAGCGCACGACUCUGGCGGAAGACCGCGAGAAGGCCGCGCGGAAACAUCGGCAGUCAUGGACGCGUGUUUCGCCGCAUUCGACAAGGAUCAGGACGGCUUCCUGUCGAUCGUCGAGUUCGAGCUUAUUUGCAAGGCGCUCUUCAGAAACGACCGGGGCAAGGUUUACGCCCUCGAGGAAGACCGGCUGAGGGACAUCUUCGGGGUAUUCGAUACAGAUGGUAAUGGGCUGAUCGACAGGAAGGAAUUCGAGAUAUGCUGGAACCGAUGGAUCAAGGUGUGCACGAGACCGAAGAGCGCCUUCCUCGUCGUCGACGUGCAAAACGACUUUAUUUCCGGCUCGCUGAAUAUAAAAAAGUGUGCCGCACGCCACGACGGCUCGGAAGUUAUCGAACCCAUAAACAAACUUCUGGACACGGUGCCGUUCGACGCGGUAUUUUACUCCCUCGACUGGCAUCCCGUGGAUCACGUGUCCUUCAUCGAUAAUCUGCAUUUACGAGAGCUCGACGAAUCGAGCGGCAUCCGCAAGGACGAGGCCCGAGUCUACGACACGGUCACGUUCAAGGGCCCGCCUAUGCUGAAGCAGCGACUCUGGCCUCGACACUGCGUGCAGGACACGUGGGGCGCGGAGCUGCACAAGGACCUGAAGAUCGUCGAGCGAGGCGUCAAGGUCUACAAGGGCACGAACCCCGAGGUCGACUCCUACUCCGUCUUCUGGGACAACAAGAAGCUCACGGAAACGACGCUGUCGUCGCAGCUGCAGGAGAAAGGCGCCACCGACAUCUACGUCUGCGGCGUGGCUUACGACGUCUGCGUCGGGGCGACCGCCAUCGACGCCCUCACCAGUGGCUAUCGUACCAUCCUAGUAGACGACUGCAGCAGAGGCGUCGAUCUCGUCGACAUCGAGAAGACCAAGGCGCAGGUCAUCUCUGACAAUGGGGUCAUCAUCACGUCCAGCCAGGUCAUGGCUAUGGUCGAGGGUAGAGACCGGAGGCCCGAGCUGGGCUACAAACUCGCCAUGGAGAUCGAGAAGGGAAAGAGAAGCAAGUCGGAUAUUAAGAACAAGAUCGUAGAUUGAAGCGCCCGGUUGUUAUCAGUUUUAUUCUUUCUUUUCCUUAUUUCGAAGCUUCGUCAGAUUGAUUAGAGAGAUUCCUUACGACUGAGCGAGCGUAGUUUGAUAAGUGGCUUUUAGCUUGCCGUUGCAAUGAAAUAUAGAUUGCGAGAUAACGAAUUGAACGAGUAUAAGUAUAAGAUGCGAGUGCGACUAUCGAGUGUGUCUAAUCGAGGUGCACGACGAGAAAUUUUCAACGUACUCGUGAAUGAAUGUACGUAAAUAAUGUUGUUAUAUACUGCUAUAUUUCAUGUAAAUAUGAAGUUUUAGAAAAGAAGUUGUAAAUUUACAGAGUUUAUGAAUAAAGAUUUAUCUUUAGAAAUCCUUCUCCUAUGUACUUUUCGUUAGUAAGCGUAGAUUCGUUAUGUCGAUAAAGCAGGAUUCCUCAUCCCCGAGAGAUAAGUGACUGAUGCAUGGAAGAGUAAAUUUUCUCUAAAAUUCGUUUAAUGUUUAACAAUACUUUUGUAUUAUUUACAGCUAACAAUUGUUCGUAAAUAAUAAUAAAAUAGAGAUAACUGUAGCGAUGAUCACGAUUACGAGAUAAUGAGAAUGAUAAUGAUGACUGAGUUUGUAAUGUUUGCAGUAGCACAUUGUUGCAUCUAGCUCUAAACAAGGUAUACAACAGUUUUUU